CCCGCUGUUGAUGGUCGGGCCGGUGCGUUGCUGCUGCUACUGCCGCUGCCCCCGGCGUCGCGAGUUCACGCUCGCUCAGCUCCCUCCCGCCCGGCCCGGCUCGGCCUCCCGGCGGCCCCAUGGCGUACAGUCAGGGCGGCGGCAAGAAGAAAGUCUGUUACUACUAUGACGGUGAUAUUGGAAACUAUUAUUAUGGGCAGGGCCAUCCCAUGAAACCUCAUAGGAUCCGUAUGACUCACAACUUGUUGCUAAAUUAUGGCUUGUACAGAAAAAUGGAAAUUUAUCGACCCCAUAAAGCUACGGCUGAAGAAAUGACCAAGUACCACAGUGAUGAAUACAUCAAAUUUCUUCGAUCAAUAAGGCCAGACAAUAUGUCUGAAUAUAGCAAGCAGAUGCAGAGAUUUAAUGUUGGAGAAGAUUGUCCUGUGUUUGAUGGACUGUUUGAGUUCUGCCAGCUGUCAACAGGAGGCUCUGUUGCUGGGGCAGUAAAAUUAAAUAGACAACAGACUGACAUGGCUGUUAAUUGGGCUGGAGGACUCCAUCAUGCUAAGAAGUCAGAGGCAUCUGGUUUCUGUUACGUCAAUGAUAUUGUGCUUGCUAUCCUAGAGCUGCUGAAAUAUCACCAAAGAGUGUUAUACAUUGACAUUGAUAUCCAUCAUGGUGAUGGUGUUGAAGAAGCAUUUUAUACAACGGACCGUGUCAUGACAGUAUCAUUCCAUAAAUAUGGUGAAUAUUUUCCUGGCACAGGGGACUUAAGGGACAUUGGAGCUGGGAAAGGCAAAUACUAUGCGGUUAAUUUUCCAAUGAGAGAUGGUAUAGAUGAUGAAUCAUAUGGGCAGAUAUUCAAGCCAAUCAUAUCCAAAGUGAUGGAGAUGUACCAGCCCAGUGCCGUGGUAUUGCAGUGUGGAGCCGACUCGUUAUCUGGUGACAGGUUGGGGUGUUUUAAUCUUACUGUCAAAGGUCAUGCUAAAUGUGUGGAGGUUGUAAAGACGUUUAACUUGCCACUGCUGAUGCUAGGAGGAGGAGGAUAUACUAUUCGUAAUGUUGCUCGAUGUUGGACAUAUGAGACUGCUGUUGCCUUAGAUUGUGAAAUUCCUAAUGAGUUACCAUACAAUGACUACUUUGAGUAUUUCGGACCAGACUUCAAACUGCAUAUUAGUCCAUCAAAUAUGACCAACCAGAACACACCAGAGUAUAUGGAGAAGAUCAAACAACGCUUAUUUGAGAACUUGCGUAUGUUGCCUCAUGCACCUGGAGUACAGAUGCAAGCCAUUCCUGAGGAUGCUGUUCAUGAAGAUAGUGGAGAUGAGGAUGGAGAAGAUCCAGACAAACGCAUUUCUAUUCGAGCAUCUGAUAAGCGAAUAGCCUGUGAUGAAGAAUUCUCUGAUUCUGAGGAUGAAGGCGAGGGUGGACGACGAAACGUUGCAGAUCAUAAGAAAGGAGCAAAGAAAGCCAGAAUAGAAGAAGACAAGAAAGAGACAGAGGACAAAAAAACUGAUGUAAAGGAGGAAGAUAAAUCCAAGGACAGCAGCGGUGAAAAGACAGACACCAAAGGAGCGAAAUCAGAACUGCUCAGCAAUCCUUGAAUUAAAGAUGGCCUUACACCAAUUCCAGAACACAAUACCAGAGUGGGAAAAUACUAAAAGAAGAAGAGUUUUUUUUUCCUGUUGAGAGAGACUGCUGAUUUCAUUUUGUACUAUUUGGCAUGGACUGUAUUUAUUUUCAUUCGGCUUUGUUUUGGUUUUUGGCAAGUUGUAUUGUGAGUUUUCUAAUUAUGAAGCAGAAAUUCCUUUCUUCACCAUGCUUUAUGUAAUAGUAUUUAAAAUGGAUGUGAGUUAUUAUGUUAAAUGUCUAAACUGAUCUAUUAAUUUGCCUUUCCUGAGCUGAUUUUACCUUUUUGUAAUUAUAUCUUUAUUAAAAAAAAAAUUGUA